AUGAGCAGAAACAGCUCCCCUUGGGACCAGCUACUUUUUCAGCCCCCUUUAUGCGAGGGCUGGAAGCAGAAUGUUGAGGGAGCAGCCUAUCACCUGGGCAAUUGCAUCCUCCUCCUAGGCUACAUGGGGGGAAGUGGGAUCUUUGGCUCCAUCUAUAUCUUCAGCCUUCUGGCCACUGGCUACAUCUGCUAUGCUCUGUGGGGCUGGCUGAAUGCCUGUGGACUAGACAUCUUCAUCUGGAAUAUGCUGCUGGUCAUGGCCUGCAUACUUCAGCUGGCUCACCUGAUAUACCGGCUCCACAAGCACACCUUCUUGGAAGAGUUUGACCUCCUCUACAAGACCCUCUGCCAGCCCUUGCAGGUGCCCUUUGAGGUCUACAAAGAGAUUGUGAAAUGCUGCGAAGAGAAGGUCCUGUCACUGGCCAGAGACCAGAACUAUGCUGUGGAGGGCAAGACGCCCAUCAACCGCCUGUCUCUGCUGCUCUCUGGCAGGGUCAGAGUGAGCCAGGAUGGACAGUUCCUGCACUAUGUCUUCCCCUACCAGUUCCUGGACUCCCCAGAGUGGGAGUCACUGCGACCUUCCGAGGAGGGAACGUUCCAGGUUACGUUGACAGCAGAGACGGACUGCAGUUAUAUCACCUGGCCAAGGAGGAAGCUCUACCUCCUCUUGGCAAAAGAUCGCUACAUCGCCCGCCUCUUCUCGGCCUUCCUCGGCUACGACAUCUCAGAGAAAUUGUACGCCCUCAACGAUAAGCUCUUCGCUAAGUUCGGCCUGCGCUUUGACAUCCGCUUACCCAGCCUCCACCACGUCCUGGGACCCGCCUCCUCAGAGGCUGAGGCCGAGAAGGAGCUGUAUGAGUGGGAGGAGCUGGCCGUGCCCCAUCGUCCGAUGCCUACCUUUGUCCAGACAGCUGCCUCAGCCCCUCCUCCUCCUCCUUCUGCCCACCCCAAGGCGCCCCGGCCUGACAGUGCCCUGCUGGGUGAGGACUCUACCAGUCUUGUGUUGGAAGAUUUUGCUGAGUUGUCAGGGUCUUUUAUGGACUAUGUAAGCGAAGGGGACCUUACCCGGAGUUACCCCUGUGCCCUCUUCAAAGGACGAGCCCCUCUGGCUCCCACCCAGACCCCAGAACUCUAG